AUGCGGCCUUUUCUGAUACUAACAUUAUCGAUUUGUUGUAUUCAAUUAGUUUCAAGUCGAGAAUUUCACGAUUAUUCAACUAGUUACGUGUUUGUUUCGGCUACUAACAAGAAAACUGGAGAAACAACUCAAGUUUGUGGAAAUUAUCAACAAUAUAGGGAAUAUAAUCGAUUUUUAGCUGAAACUUAUGAUGAGGCGGUGAGUUGGAGGAAUCCAAAAUCUAGUUUUGACGUAAACUUGUUUUCGAAAGUUCUAAAGGUGGAGUCAGAUAUAACAAUUUUCCCUUCAUGACCGAUUUUUAAGAAAUUUCAUCAAUGACUGUAGAAAACCUAUUGAAUCAAAAUUAUUUUAUAAAUAUAUUUCAUCUCACAUUAGCUUUGAAAAUAUCCAAAUUCUCUCCUCUUGUGGAUAAUAGAAAAACAAAUUGAGCCACUUAUUUCGGUUCUGAGAACUUUUAUUCAUUUACUGAGAAAUCAAGUCACGUUAACUGGAAUAUCUGAAAACAUGUUUAAAUUUCAGAAACCAUUUUCACUUCGACGUUGGAGAGAUAUACCAGAAAAUACAAAGAUUUGCCCAGUUCCAAAAGAUACCAAAAAAUAUACAAAUUCAAUAAUCCCUCUCAAAUAUCGAAUUGAUGACGAUGGAAGUUCUUGUACACGACCAUUUGUUGCAACUUCGACAUCUUUUCGAAAUGCUAGUCAAUUUCAAGUUCAAACAAUUGAAGAUCACAAUGGAGCUGCCACAUUAUUCUUACUUCAAAAAGGAAGACAAUUUGUUCAAGGAUGGAAGGAUUAUCUAUUUUCCGAAUUUUAUGAUCCAUAUAUCAAAAAUGGAUCAAUUCCAACUUUUUAUAUGUAUGAAAGUGUUUUUGAAGAUGUUCUUGUAAGUUUUGAAAUAUUUUUGUUGUUACUGUAAUUGUUUCUCUUUUUUUCAGAAAAUUGCCGAAAUCGAAGAUGAUAUUGAAUUGAGAAUUCAUCGACCGAAAAAUCCGAAAAUUGAUCUUUCAAUGGUUGUUAUUUGGUUUAUUGCAGUGUUUUGUGUUUCAGCUGGAGGAUUUUGGGCAUUUCAUAGACAUGGGUAUAAAUUAAUUGAUUUUCUCGAAACAUUAGAAAAAUAAUUUCAGACUUGGAAAAGAUACUCAACUUGCUGAAGCAACGGUUGAAACAUCAGAAAAAGAUGACAGUUGCUGCAAUCGAUAUGGUAAUUAUUUGGCAAUUGGAAUUGUUAUGGUUUUAUUGAUCACAGUGAUUAUGUUGGGAUAUUAUUUCAGAUCGAUUUUAGGUGAGUUAAUUUUUUUACAUUCUAAAUAUACUAGCGAUAAUUUUUUAUGUUUAGUAUUUUUCUUCAAUAUAAUGCUAGUUAUAUUCGGAACUUCAAGUGUUCAUGGAUGUUUGCGAGCUCUUCUUUCCAACUUUUCAUUCUCAAAAUAUGGCUGGUAUCGAGCAAAAAUUGAAUUUCUUCCUCUUUUUAUGCGGACAAAAAGAAGCAUUUUCAUACACUGGUGCAUUUAGUGUAUUGAUAUCUGCUAUUUUCUGUAUUAUUUGGUAUUUUGUUCGUCUUCAAUCGUAUGCUUUCAUUAUGCUUGAUUUUAUCAAUGUAACUCUUUGUCUUCAUAUUUUGAAAUCACUUCGAUUGCCAAGUUUGAAAGUAAGUUAAAGAGAUUUAUGUUUUGAACUGGGAAUACUCUGAACAGAUUGUUUUUUCUUCUUUUGAACAUCAAUCAAAUUUCAAUGUAUUUUUAUGUCGAUCAUAAUCUUUUUCAUUCUAUCGGAUUUGUGGCAAAACUUUUUCGGUCAAAGAAAUGUUUUGAAUUCCAGAAAAAUAAGUCAAUUAAAAAAAGCUCUAAAUUAGUUUUAAAAAAUGUCCAUAUUCAUAAUUUUUAAUAAAAAUUUGUUAACACAAAUCUAAUUUCAGUGGAUUUCAAUUUUAAUGAUUUGUAUGUUUGUCUAUGACGCGAUAAUGGUUUUUGCAACUCCAAUGUGGACUAGAAAUGGAUGUUCUGUUAUGCUCGAAGUUGCGACUGGAAUCGAUUGUUCAUCUGGUAAAUCAAAUCACAGCGGAUAUCCUCUUCCACCAAUCGAAUCUGCAAGUUCACCCGAAAAGUUCCCAAUGUUGAUGCAAGUAAUGCAUUUUGAUCCAAUGCUAUCUUGUAUUGAUACUGAAGUUGAACGAGGAUAUCAAAUGACAAUUCUUGGUUUGGGAGAUAUUAUUAUUCCUGGUUAUUUGGUUGCUCAUUCAUUUACAAUGAACGGAUUCGAUGAAAAAACAAGACUACUUUAUGGAAUCAUUUGUAUUAUUGGUAAUUUGAUGCAUCAUUUCUACAAUUAAAUAACUUUUCAUUUUUUGCAGGUUAUGGUUUCGGUCUUAUUGCUACUUUUAUUGCAUUAACACUUAUGAAAAUGGCACAACCAGCAUUGAUUUAUCUCGUUCCUUUCACUCUUAUACCAAUCUGUGUUUUGGCUUUGAUUCGCAAAGAAUUUUCGAAUGUUUGGAAUGGAGUUCCAUUCGAAACAUUGGUAAUAAAUAGUUCUGAUAACUUACGAUAAUUAAUAAUGUUUUUUCAGCAAUCAAAUAGUGCUCGGAAUGAAGAAGAUACUCAAACAAUGGUUGAAAAGGAAUCUAACAACACUCCGGAGAGCGUAUAA